UGUAAACUCGUUGGCCUCAGCAGAAGUUGUAUGAUCGAACAUCGGCCAUUGGCGGCAAUGGCUUCGAGAUUUGGCAGGAGGCAACAGCUAUUUCAGAGUACGGCCGGUUUUCCAUGGCCCAGAAAUCGGCUUCGCUUCAGAUUUUCUUCCCGGAGGGUCAUCAAUACGAUCCUCAUAUGUCUCGCCUUGCUUGCUAUUUUGCCUCCACUUUUCUUUCACUUCCGACUUAGAAGACUUCAUCAGAUGCAAUUGAGGAAAUGUUCUUGGCUUAAUGAUCCUCCCCUUGUAUGUGCGCAUGGGGGUGAUUCAUCUAAGGCUUUUCCUAACACGAUUGCUGCAUAUGCCUCUGCUCUCCGUUCUCAAGUGGACUGCAUUGAGAUUGAUGUAUCUCGUUCUUCAGAUGGAGUUUUGUUUGCUCUCCAUGAUAGGGAUUUGCAACGGAUAUCAAGAAACGCUACAUCUAAGGUUGGGCACUUGAGCGCAAAUCAGAUAAGAGAGCUUAGUGCUUUGACCCAAUCUCUGGAGAAGUUCAAUGAUGAUGGUGUAGCUACCGUUGAAGAGGCACUGAAGUUGACUGCUAAUUCAGUGAGGCAGAUAAUCCUAGAUGCUAAGGUUGGGCCUCCAUUAUAUGAAAAAGGGCUUGCUAGAGACAUUCUAUCAGCUGUGGAGAAGACAGACUGUGGAAACUGCCUUGUAUGGGCUAAAAGCGAUACUUUAGCCAGGGAUGUGAUUAAACUGUCGUCAGAUAUCACAGUAGGCUACAUUGUUUUGAUAGACCGAUCCACUGGGGCUAGGACAAAUUUGUUGAGGAUUAAAGAUGCUGAGGUUGUUGGUGUCUACCAUCCGUUGAUUGAUGAAAAGCUUGUUAAAAUCUUGCACAGGAGGAAGAAGAGGGUAUACGCCUGGACAGUUGAUGAUGAAGAAUCCAUGCAAAGGAUGUUGUCUGAACAUGUUGAUGCUAUUGUUACAAGCAAUCCUACUUUACUUCAACGUGUGAUGCAAGAUACCAGAACUCAAUGUCUCGUAGAAGGUUACUCAUUAUCACAUUAAUAUUUUAUCCAAUAAACAUAUGUCUAACAAUACCCAGUUUAUGUUGCAAAUAUUAGAACUAAUAUGUAACCGUCCAUUCUUCUUUUGGCUGCCUCAAUUGACCAAACUCGAAGAAAAGUAUAGAAAAAAAAUAUACAUGUGGGAUUAUUAACAAAUUACUUCCCUAUUGAACGUGUGAUGCUAUUGUUAAUUGAAACCGAAGGUUCUAGUAUAUGAUCAAGCAACAAUUCUCCAUUCA